ACAUCCAGUGCUGGGUCAGAGGCUUCCUAAUUUCAGCUGGAAUGAGGGAAUGAGGGAGGGCAAGCCGGAGGGAAGAUAAAAGAGUGAGUGGAAAAGAGAGAGAGAGAGAGAGAGAGAGAGAGAGAGAGUGCGCAAGGCAGAGGAUGCGGAUCAAUAUCUCUUGCUGCUUCAGCAUGUAAAGGAGUGAGCGAAUCAAAACAAACCAGGAGAGGAACGACAAGGAGGAGGAGGUGAAGAAGGGGAACAGAGGACAGUCAGUCGCUUUGAGCAUGGAUGCUGUUUCUCUCGCUCUCUAUGACCAGAGCACACAUGAGAUGAGACUGCUCUUCUGCUCUAAGCAUGUGAAAUUCCUGCCUCCCUCAUUCUCUGGAAUGGAUCCUCAGAUCCGCGGCAUGAGGAAGAGGAUGCUUCUGUCUCUGCUGAACGCAGAUGUACCACCACGGCCGAAUGGCAUGAUUUCUGCUCUGGUGUCCUGCUGAGCUGGUUGCCGUGGCAAUGGGAAGACGGGCAGCUGAUCUGGCCACUCCGGUGCCAGUGUCUGAGGUGCCAGCUUUGGUGGGAGUUCGCGAUUGGAGGACAGCCAAUGGAGAGGUAGGGCUAACCUGUGCUCACCAGUGUAACGUUGGGGUACAAACAUCGCCAGCCAUACGGAGCCAAGAGAGCCGUCCUGUUAUCCAAUCAGAAAAGAGGAUGACCAUGCCGCCCAAUGGGCACAUCGUUGUCGAAGUGGAGGGCAGAAAAGGACAAAAAAGGAGUGCUUUUUUUAAACACCGGAGCCUUGAGAAUAAGGUAAAGAAGGGCGUGACAUUUCAAGGUGUGGACAAUGAUGAUGAAGAUGAUGAUGCGUGUAAAGGCAAUAAAGCUGAAACGCACUGUGACACUCAGACAAUCCAAACCAACACACAUCGGGCCAAUGGACGUGUUAAAGGAAAGAAAGAAUCCCGCUUCACUAAUGGCAGCGUGGUCGACUCAGAGGUGAUGGGUGGGAUCAGCAGUGACAUCAAUGAAGUGGAGUCAUCGACUCCAUGGCUCAAAACUACAGUACAGUCUGGGAAGAGGAAGGUUCCUUUAUGUUCACCUCCUCACAGAUUCCCAUUAAGGAUUUGCAGCAAAUGUGGAGGGAGGCAGAAUCCGGUGGCUGCAGUUCUCUUCACCACCACCAGAGACGCCACUUCGCCCUGUUCUGCUGGCUCGGAGAGUCUCAGAUCUAGCCCUGCAGCUCCUCUGGUCUCAGGAAAAGAAACAGGAGUCUCACUUUCUCCUCCAAAGACUGAGACUGAGAAAUACGGAGUUAUGCAAAUGAACAGCGGGCCUGUGGUGACGUGGCCUCCUCCUAACCCAAAUAGCAACCAGCUAUUAACAUCCACACAGGAGGGAGAAGCGUUAAAACUCUCCAAACAUCAAUCAAGCUGGAGAUACACUGGCCUUGGCCUUCCACACAUCCACAGGGACACUCCAGUUAGUCACACAUCAUCUGCAUAUACGCACACAGUGGCAGGAAGUGCAAUUCAGGAAACAGGCAUGCACACACACUCAGACCUCUGCUCUCAUAAACCAGCAUCACCGUCACACACACUCAUGCUCCAGGAAGCAAGACCCUCCAUGCUCGUUCCAUUCUCACUACAAUAUUCCAGCCUUAAAACAGACUCCCAAUCCAACACCUUGAAAGACACAGACUCCACACCAAAGAAAAAAUCACACACACACAGCAAUAUCCUAGCGCACACCUCACAUGUUGCUCUGUCAAACCAUGCUAACAUCCAUCCAAAGUCUUCAGCAUCUGUCCAUUCACCUAUAAUCACUAAGGAGCAAAGCUUAGGACAGCGUGCCAAAUGUUUUAGCACUUCACACCCCAGCAGAGACGCCCAAGUCUCAAAUGGAUUAGAGACUGUGCAAAACACACAUUUGAGGCCUUCAAGCUGCUUGAAUGCAAAUCCAAGCACUAAACCUCAAAGCACAUUGCAAAUCCAUUCCAGCAUGCAUCUUAAACCCACAUCCACCACAGACUACACCAAACUUCAACCUUCACAAACACACUCUCUGACCACUGACACAUCCUCGACCAUAUCACUUUGCACAGCCUUGUACUCCAGACCUUCCAUACCACUUCACUGCUCACUUCCACAUACAGCUGUCAAACCACAUAGCAUAUUAAAGAACCAACAAUCUAACCCUUCACACACUUCAAACAUGAAUGUCCACACAAGCAGCUCACUUAACCCAAGUCCUGUCACAACAUUGAGUCUUUUAACCCAGUCCAACACGGUUACAAUCACUCAAGCAUAUAUGGAAAUGCAUUCAUAUGGUACAGACGACCAUAAACCAGAUGCACAGAGUCAGUCUCUUGCACAAUCAGAGGCUCAUGUUAAGUCUGUAGCAGAGAAACUUGAGGACAAAGCAGCAUCUUUGGGGUCUGCUAAAUCUCCUUGUAAGGUAGCAACCAAGACUGUGACAGCUACAAAAAUAGGUUGCGAAUUUGUCACAGACGCAGACAGUGGGAGCCACGUGCAAGCUAACUGUGAACUCCUUGCAACUUCAAAAUCGCAAACAGUACACCAGCAAUCCACACCUCAGCAUCCUGCCAGUCCUUCAGUCUCCAUAGCACCUCAUGAACCCAACAGCUUGGGUUCACUCUCAUGCCAACCUCCAAGACCUUUUCACCCACACCCACUGCAUCCAGCAAUUAAAUUAUUAAUCGAGGUCAGUGGAAACAAAAGGACAAAGAUAGAUUCAAAGCCAAAUCCAUUUCUACUUUCUUCCUCUAUGCCUUCAGACCAGAUCCAGAACAUGCAACUACAGCAAGAGUUAGAGUCUGCAUCACAGACGAGCAUUGCUUUACCUGUUAGUGGACCUGUCUCAAAUGGUGGCUAUGCCCUCACACACUACCAUCCUCCCUCUUUGGUUCUGCUGUCACGCAGUUCCCCUGAGAGCAACAGGAGUCAGGACCUUCAGAAGAGGCUGGAGAGAGUGGAGGCCAAUCUGCAGGCCAACCAAGACCGAGUCACAACCCUACUCAACAUCAUCCAAGACCUGGAGAUGAGCCAUGCACUCAGCAAAGGACGCCGAUGUUUCAGAACCGGCCAGGAUUUAAGCGAUUGCUCCACCUGCCAGGAGACGGCAUGCAUCAUUUACAGUGUGGAGUAUGAUUUCCGGCAGCAGGAGCGACGCUUCAGGGAUGUCUUAGAGCCUCUGGACUCCCCAGUGAGAGAGAUCUGGGAGGGGGUUAACAUGGACAUGCUCUCCUUUUUCAACUUGCUAAAACAGAACCAGGCACCAUCUCAGACCAGCAAUCAUAUCGAGCCAGGAAGCAAGAUUAAAGUCAAGAAAAAGAAACUCUGCAGGAAACUUUUGAGUUGGCUACCGCGAAAGGUCCAAAGGAAGUAGAUCAGUCCUACCAUGGUUCUUUGUCUUUAUUUUAAAAUUUGGGGGAAAAAAAACUCUGUUCUGCUGUAAGAUGGAUUAAUUGCAGCAUCAAAAUCCAUCCACAUGAAUGUGUCUGGUAGAUCCGGAAAAAUGGACAGACCAUGAUAUUUGGGAACAGGAACCGUUGAAGUAAAACUGCACGACUUGACAAGAUCUUCCAUGUCAAAUCUGUUAACUGCAUACCUUCCAAUCCUGAUCCCUAACUUCCUUUAUCAAGUAGUGACAUCAUGUAGAGAACAUGGCACUUCUAAAGACCAUUCAUGCUCGUUUAUUAACUUAAGAAGUAGAUGAAUAUUAAUAUAACAGUUUCUUUGGGAUUGGCUUUGGGGUGGACUGGGAUCAGCUAUGGAGACCGGAUGUGGCCUAGUGACCCUGUGACCCUGUUGUUUACCACUUGCAUCUUACUUCAGAACAAUAAACCAGAGAUGCAAAAGUCUCAAAAUUACAA